ACUCAUUCCGGUCCCCAGCAGCGUAACGGUCUUUUUGUUUGUUUGUUUGUUUGUUUGUUUGACUUUUUUUUGUCUUUUUCGAAAAGCCAUCUCUUUUCUCCACUCUCGCCCUCAGCUCUUAAAGGCACUCUUGCGUCUCCACGGCAGCUGAAAUCAUCUCUGCCAUCCACUACGGAAGCAUGGGGCUGUCUCUAAUCGAGGGGUUUACUAAAUCGCUUGCAAUGACCGUGCUGUCAGAGAUUGGAGACAAUACUUUCUUUGCAGCUGCGAUCCUGGCAAUGCGCCAUCCAAGGAGGCUUGUUUUAGCUGGUUGUUUAGUGGCAUUAAUUGUGAUGACCAUCCUAUCCGCCUUGCUUGGUUGGGCUGCACCAAAUCUGAUUUCUCGCAAAUGGACGCACCAUAUAACAACUGUGUUGUUCUUUAUAUUUGGAUUUUGGUCUCUAUGGGAAGGCUUUACAGAAGAUGGGGAAGCUGAAGAGCUGAACGAAGUAGAGGCAAAACUGGAUGCUGAUUUGAAAGCUGGCAAAGAUGGUGCCAAAGGAGGUUCUAAGGGGGAUGAUGAUUUAAAGAAACAGCAGAGACCAUUUCUGACACAGUUCUUCUCACCCAUAUUUCUGAAGGCAUUUUCCAUUACUUUCUUUGGUGAGUGGGGUGAUAGGAGUCAGAUUGCUACAAUUGGUUUGGCUGCUGAUGAAGACCCAUUUGGUGUGGUUCUUGGGGGCAUCCUGGCACAGGCAUUGUGUACUACAGCAGCUGUUCUUGGGGGAAAGAGCUUGGCGUCCCAAAUAUCUGAGAGGAUGGUUACACUCGCCAGUGGGGUACUUUUCUUGGUAUUUGGGCUCCACUCCUUCCUAUCAGUAGAGUCAUGAUCCUCGCCUGCUGUCCUUUUUGUGUUCGACCACUAGUCUGGUUGAAUACAUUUUGCUUUUCCGUUUCAUUCCAAUACAUCCAUGGGAUGUCGUAGGAGUUAUUCUCGCAGCUACAUUUAUGAACAAUCUGUACCGUAGGUGUAAACAUUUUGUCAAUUCAGUAAUGUAUGAUACUGUAGUAAGAUGAUGUUAG